GAGCCCACACUGCCACCAGUGUCGUCUAAACAGCCACAGCUGGGCGUGCGCAUGCCACCUGCCCUCCAUAGUGCCAGUCCCAGGAAUCUGUCACCCUCCGCCAGCCAAAGGGAGUACCAGGCCCUGCAGGACCUCAUGGACUUGGCAAGAGAGGGGCUGAGCGCCAGCCCAUUGCCCUGCAGCGGGGGUUCUGCUGACUCAAGGGGGACCACAGGGAUGGAUCCAUUGCCCGGUGGCCUUCCACUGACUGGGUUUGUCCUGCCACCUGAGGAGCAGCGCCUGGAAAUGGGCAGCCAGGCUUCGCUCUCUGUCGGUUUGCUGGUUGCUGACUUCAGUGCCAUGGUAAAUAACCCACACCUGAGUGAUGUCCAGUUUCAGAUGGACAACGGGGAAGUGCUGUAUGCCCACAAGUUCGUGCUUUAUGCCCGAUGCCCACUUCUCAUUCAGUAUGUAAACAGUGAAGGAUUCUUCGCUGUAGAAGAUGGCGACCUAAGAACCCAGCGUGUCCUGCUGAGUGAUGUGAGCACGGAGGCUGCCCGCGCGUUCCUGCAUUAUCUCUACACUGCAGACACUGGCCUGCCUCCCCAGCUGACCCCUGACCUCAGUUCUCUGGCCUGCAGGUUCGGUGUGAGUGAGCUUGUUCACCUGUGCAAACAAGCAUCUGUCGUGAUGGAUUCAGAGGGCAGCCAGGAGGAGAAGGAAGAUGAGGAUUGUGAAAGCAGAGCGGAGAAUUUCCAAGAACUCUUGAGGUCAAUGUGGGUAGGUGAAGAGGAGGAAGCAGAAGCCUUGUUGAAAUCCGAGGGCCUUGAAGAAGAUAGAGAAAAGGUCAAUGAAGCAGAAAUGGAAGAAAUUUAUGAAUUUGCUGCUACUCAGAGAAAGCUGCUCCAGGGGGAAAGAGCUCCAGAGAUCAAAGAAGAAACUAACCAGUUUGGGGAGGACAGUCCAAGUUCUAGGCGAAUCCUAGCAAGCGUCCAGGUUAAAGAACAGUCAGAAAAUACAGAACAGAUGGAACCGUCUGGGCAGGGAAGAGAUGAGUGCAUCGCCAAAAGAAAAAAUGAGAGACAGUCCAUGUUCCUGCCACUCGAGGGCCAGUGUUCAGAUGGAGAGGAGGAAGCGGAGGCCCCAAAGGCAGCCCUGGAUCGCACCAGCUCUUCUCGCCCCUCUCAGGGCCGCUGGGUAGAGGAAAGGGAAGGACGCUUUAUGCACUCAGUUGAUGAUGAUGAUGAACAGCCCUUUUCAUCAACUCCAGGAGGGUACCCUGAACCAUCCCAAAUAACAAGUGAUCACAAGAGAGGCAAUGGCACUAUCAAACAAAGGCGGGGACAGAGCUCUCAUCGCUCUACUCGCCGGCAGGCACCUCCAUCACAGCCAUGCUUCUUCCCAUCACAGUCCCCUCCGGGCAGGAGUCCACGCCAACCACACCCUCACCCUCAUCGCAAAAAUGACAUGUCCCCACCAACGCCCCAAUCUCAGGGCAGAGCUUCCAGGGUGGCCUCCCAGGACACACCAUCGAAGCAGAAGAGGGGCCGGAGCCUCCUCACGCUGUUUAACCAUCCAGACUGCCAGAAAGGCGAAGAUCGUGGUUCUGUGUUGGAAUGCAGAAAUAAAGGGGCCCUGACCUCACCAGAAAAGUCUCCAUCCAUUGACCUAACUCAGGCAAAACCUGGCCAGCAGAGCUCCAGAUCUCAGCAUUCUCCCUCCAGCGUGAACAGAGAAGAUGAGGUUAUCCUUUUAUUGGAUUCAGAUGAGGAGCUAGAGCUAGAACAAACCAAAAAGUCAGUUUUUAAUGGUUCCCUGGAAGAAGGGAAAGUUUUAGAAGCUUGCCCCAAGUUCUCUGACCUGUUCUCCGUCAUUGAUGUUGAUGCAGAUCAGGAACCUUCCCAAAGCCCACCAAAGAGAGAGGCCCCAGUGCAGCAGGAGGAGGGGCGGCCGUCAAGGAACCUGGGCUAUGUGGGUGGCAGAGGGUCCCCCCCACUGUUCUGUAACCGCGAGAGCAGCCCGGACGAGGACAGCACCACAGAAACCUCGUGGCUGGUACCUGCCACCCCACUCGGCAGCAGAAGCCGAGAACACUCAUCACAGACCCAAAUCAUGGGUCUCGGGUCCAGGACUUCAGCAUAUGAAAUGGCUCAGCUCCAGCCCAGGGCCCCAUUAGAAAACAGGGAUGGACCCAAAGCCUCUAGUAAGUUUUCAGCAAUUGUGCACCAGACAUCGUCAUCCUGCCCGGUCCCUGUCAAUCACAGAAGCCCUUCCAGCCCCAGCCCCAGGCGCCACAAGCACUUUUCUGUGCUGGCUCCCUGUCCAGCCUCAGGAGGCCUCACUGAUUUCAGUGGGCAGUUCCAGAAGCGCUCGCUGCCCAGGCCGAGCCUGCCAAAUCAGGCCGCAGUGAGCGAAGUGGUGGAGGUGGAGGACAGUGACGAUGAGCAGGAGGUAGCCUCCCAUCAGGCGAGCAGCAGCCCCCUGUUGGACAGCGGUCCCCCCAUUCCAACUGACGACUGCUGUUGGCAUGUCGAGCCCCUCUCGCCAAUUCCGAUUGAUAAUUUGAACCUUGAGCGGACUGGCCCCCUGAGCACCAGUAGCCCAGGCAGCAGGGCCAGGGAAGCCCCGGACAGUGGUGACUGCCACUCCCCAGCACUCCUGAGUACCACCCCCAUCCGAGGAAGCUGCACUGGCCAAAGGAAGUCUCAAGAGAAAUCCCCUCAGGCCAGCUCCCCUGGGAGCAGCAGGCUGAGCUUCUUGAAUUCAGCUCUCUGGGACGAUUGGGAUGGAGAAGAACAGAAGUCUCCAGAGGCCCUUUCUCUGACCCAGACACCGCGUGCUGAUCGAGCUCAGAAAUCAGAAGGGUUAGAAAAGCCAAGUGAGUAGUGGGGACAGUUGUUUAUGUUUUACAUUCUUU